CUGCAGCUCCAGACCGGACAGGGAGCAGCGAAGAGCGGCCACGGAGAGGGAGACGACCGGGGACAGAGCGGAACACAAGCCCCGCAGAGACCGCACCAGAGUCGGGGAGAAGUGCACUAAAGCCGGUCACAAGUAGAGGAACAACCCGAGACCUGCGGAACAAAGCCGAGAGGAGUGUUCUCUCAGCGGGGAGGGGAGCGGAGUUUUCCCGUGAAGAUUGUGUGAGCGGCGGGGAGCGGCGGGGAGCGGCGGGGAGGAGCACCGUGAGGCCGCGAAGGAUCUUAGCCGGACCUCCCGCUCCUGUCCGCUGCACCUCUGCACUUUGUCCCUCGCUGCAGGAGCUCCAGUCCCGGCGUCAUGAAGAAGAACAGCUCCGGUAAACGGGGAGGCCUGGAGCCGGAUAAAACCGGGUGGAUCCGGAAGUUCUGUGGAAAAGGCCUCUUCAGAGAAAUCUGGAAAAACCGAUUUGUGAUUCUGAGACAAGAUCAACUGUUCAUCUGCCGUAAAGAGGUGAAGGAGCCUGGUCGGUCUGAUGAGGUCUUGGAUCUUUUGGACUUCGAUCGUUGUGAGGAGGUCAGAAAGAAUCGAAGCCGGAGCAAAAAGAGCCACAGCAAAUUCCGACUCCUGCGCUUAUCUGCACCUGGCAACAUGGCGGCCACUCUGGUGUUUCUGGCCGUGAGUCCAGAGGAGAAAGAGUCCUGGAUCCAGGUCUUGAACCUGGCCUUGACUAGAGCCAAGAACCGAGUCCUGGACGAGGUGACAGUGGAGGACGCGCAGCUUGCUCACCUGACCAGGGACCGGGUCCGGAUCCCCCACACGCGCCGCCUACCCACACGGGGACACCUGCUGGCUGUGGCCUCUGCAUCCUCAGACGGUGCCCUCACUCUGGAUCUGAUCCACGAAGAAGACCCUGGUCCCGGGUCCAAGACCGAGACCCCCAUAAAACCCCACACCCUCCCCAGACAGCAGGUGGUGCCGGCGAGUAAGCCCGUAUCAUCGGAGAAGAGUCUGUCUCUGGACCAGAUCCCCCGAGACUCAAGUCCUGAUCUCGAGUCCAAGUCCGACUCUAAGUCUGGGUCUAUCUCACGGCUCCAAGAACUGAUCCAGGAGAAAAUCCAGAGGACGGAGCAGCUGCUGACGGAACUCAGGCCAGACUCAGGUCUGAAGCAGGACCAGGAACUAAACCCAGAUCAGGGACUGAACCAGGACCAGGGACUGAACCAGGACCAGGAACCAAACCAGGACUUGCAGCAGGAACGAGAGGAAGUCCAGAGGCUGCUGACUGAGGCUCGGGACCAGUGGAACCAGGCUCACCAAGUCCUGAGUCAAGUCCAAGAGCUGAAGGACCUGUACCAGCGCAUGGACCCCAGCACGAACACCAACACUAACCCGAGCUAGCACCAGCAGCACCAGGACUCAAGUUUAUGGAUUAUUUUACAAUCUGUUUCAUUCUGUUUUCAUUAUCGACUUUUGAAGGUCGUUUACAGGCUUUAUUUAAAUCAAAAAUAAUAUGAAACUAUUUUUAGCACAAACCUGAAGUGUAGCACACAUGUGUUUCCCAAAGCCUGGGGACCUCGUCUCGGCACUCCCGCUCCAGUCCUCAUGUCCUCAUGUCCUCUGCAGGCAUGUGUCCUCUGCUUGGUGAGCAUUUUAGCAUAUUACCAAGUGUACCAGAGAUCGCUAUGGGUUUUCCAGGGCAGAUGCCAAUUGUUUAGAACCCAGAGAAAGAGCUCUGCUGAUCAUUUUUACAACUUUCUCCAAACUAUGUCAUUUAAAGAGAGGGUAUUCUGCAAAAUCAACUUUUUUUUUAGCUUUCCCAUGUUAUAACGUUGUUCCUCAUCAAAAACAUGCUUCAGGAGAUUUUAGGGAUUCAAACCCUCUGUACAGUUAGCAGUAUGAGCCUGUAUCCCCCACCCAUGCUCCCCACACAACACAUUUUGAUAAAUAUACAAAAACAUGAUACAAAACUGUACACAGCAUCUUGACAUACAUGUUGUGAUGUGCAGUAGUGCUCUGAAAGGGGAGUGACUGAAAAGAGGAGCGCUGGGAGCAAAGAGAGGGGAGAAUAAGAACGUCAAAAACAAAAGUGAAACUUAUAAAACAUAUAAAAGUGCACUAUGUAACUUCUGUCACCUGCUUGCUUCUAUGGAGAUGUCACUGCUCUGCCUGGAAUGUUCCACAGUGACAUUAAACAGCUCUAUUUUACAUUUAUUCAAUUACAGGUGUUAUAGUUUUACCUAGAACAAAAACAAUAAUUUUGAUGGUGAGCAGAGUCACCAAUCCACAGAUCUGACCUGUGUGAUCUGGUUUGGUCUCCAUGAAGAUAGAAAGGUUUAAUGCCAUACUGUGGAACAUUCCAGACACAGCUUGAAGAAUUAUUUUAUGGGCCCCCACCAGAAAAGUUACUCAGUGCACCUUAAAUAUGUUGGUUUUGGGUGAAUAUAGUAUUUUCAAAACAAUCAAAGGUAACAUGGAGAUCUAAAUAUGUUAUGUGUUACAGUUAAUUCCCCAUAGAAGUCAAAUACCCCCACUUUAAAUGUACUCCAAACUCAUUCACAGCCCUGUUUGACUUAAGAGAUCUGUAGUCAUGUUUAGUGCAGUUAUCUCAUCACAUUCAAGUGUUCAAAUCAAAGUUUAUGCAUGUUGUACAGGCAGCAGGUUGGCCAAAAUUCCCACUGGCCUGUGCUGGAUAUUUAAGGUUGACAGCCAAUCAUUUAAAAAGGGUAUAUUUAUGGGUUUAUGUCAGAUGGGACAAAGACAGAGGACAAAUGUUCUUACAAUGACACUAAAAUGUACUUGAACGUAAAGGCAGGACUGUCUCUGCUGCCUGUUCCAUGAGCCUGUGUUUGGGAUAAGGAAGGACAGUGGGGUCAGAAGGACAGGGUUAGGGUUUUUAGGAGUGUCAUGGGGGAACAAAAAGCCCUGUCCACAGUUGCUCAUUUACCCCAGAUGCCCUCCCAAACGCAGCCUUGCACACACUCUGGGUUUGGGACAUGUCUGUUCAAAUAUGAGCCAUAAAAAGCAAUUCUUAAACUCUGUGAAGAAUUGUUGAACUUGUUUUGCACAUAAAAAAAAAC